UCUGGCGCUGCCUGCAAUGGCAACCGGGGCUCUGUGGGGUGAUUCAGGCGGCAAUAGGGGCACGCUGCACGUCCUGCUGUCUGUAGGGCCGCCGCCAUGAGCACGGCUGCCAGCCCUGAGCCCCCCCCGUCCCCCCCCGGACCGCGAUACUUCGAUCGCUUCCCCGAAGACGACCCCGAAUACCUGCGGGAGCGCAACAUGGCAGCCGACCUGAGGCAGGACUUCAACAUGAUGGAGCAGAAGAAGAGGGUCACCAUGAUCCUACAGAGCCCGUCUUUCAGGGAGGAGCUGGAGAGCCUCAUCCAGGAGCAGAUGAAGAAGGGCAACAACUCGUCCCACGUGUGGGCGCUGCGGCAGAUCGCAGACUUCGUGGCCACCACGUCCCCUGCCACCCUGCCCACCUCCCCCAUGGGUCUGACAGCGGUGACUCCCAUCAACGACCUCCACGGUCCGGACGCUCCAGCCCUGGCCAAGGGGGAGCGCUUGAUGCGCUGCAAAGCGAGCAGCGUGCACCGCCUGCUGGAUCUGUACGGCUGGGCGCAGCUGGGCCACGCGGCCGUCACCCUGAGGGUCAGUAAAGAACAGGAGCACUUCCUGGUGGCCCCCCAAGGUUUGGCGUGCAGCGAGGUGACCGCAGCCAGCCUGAUCAAGGUGAACGUGCUGGGCGAUGUGGUGGAGCAGGGCAGCACCGACUUUGCCCCCGAUGCUCGUGCCUUCAGCCUCCAUGCCGCCAUCUACGCCGCCCGCCCUGACGCCCGCUGCAUCGUGCGCCUGCACACCCCGGCAACGGCGGCGGUGUCAGCCAUGCGCUGCGGCGUGCUGCCCAUCUCCCGUGCUGCGCUGCUGCUGGGGGACAUCGCCUACUUUGACUUCCGUGGUGAGGUGGAGGACGAAGCCGACCGGGUUGAGCUGCAGAAGUGCCUCGGCCCCACCUGCAAGAUCCUGGUGCUGCGCAACCACGGGGUGCUGGCGCUGGGCGACACGGCCGAGGAGGCUUUCUACAGCAUCUUCCACCUGCAGGCAGCCUGCGAGGUGCAGGUGUCGGCGCUGGCGAGUGCAGGCGGUGCAGAGAACCUCAUUGUGCUGGAGCGUGCCAAGCACCGUCCCCACGAGGUUGGCUCCGUGCGCUGGGCUGGCAGCACCUUCGGCCCCAUGCAGAAGAGCCGGUUGGGCGAGCACGAAUUUGAAGCCCUGAUGAGGAUGCUGGACAACCUGGGCUACCGCACCGGUUACACCUACCGCUACCCCUUCGUGCAAGAGAAAAGCAAACCCAAAAGCGAUGUGCUCAUCCCUGCCACGGUGACGGCCUUCGUCUUCGAGGAGGAGGCGAUGCCCACGCCUGCGCUGCGGCAGCACGCACAGAAGCAGCAGAAGGAGAAGACGCGGUGGCUCAACACACCCAACACGUACCUGCGGGUCAGCGUGGCCGAGGAGCAGCAGGGAGGCCAGAAGACCAAGACGACCUGGCUGAAGGCUGACGAGGUGGAGAAGGGCAGCAGUGGCACUGCCAUCCGCAUCGAGAACCCCAACCAGUUUGUGCCCCUCUACACCGACCCUCAGGAGGUGCUGGAGAUGAGGAACAAGAUCCGUGAGCAGAACCGCCAGGACGUCAAGUCUGCAGGGCCGCAGUCCCAGCUGCUGGCCAGUGUGAUCGCCGAGACGAGCCGCAGCCCCUCCACAGAAAGCCAUUUGGGGGAUGCCGAGACCAAAAACCCAUCCCAAGAGGAGGUCCCAGCUGAGCCGGAGCCCCCGAACCCCUUCAGCCAGCUCACGGACCAGGAGCUGGAGGACUACAAGCGGGAGGUGGAAAGGAAGAAGCUGGGGCUGCACGGAGACAAGGAGGAAGAGGAGACCCAGGCAUUGCCCCCAAAAUCACCACCGGGGUCCCCAAAAUCCCCCAACAAAAGCGCAGCCCCAGAGGGUCCGGAGGGUGACAAGAAGGUGGAGGAUGGCCAAGCUCCGGCCGAUUCCUCCGCCGAGAAGGAGCCGCCUGCGGUGGUCAAUGGGAAGGAUGAGGAGCAGAGCACGGAGGAGAGCAAAGGGGGGGACCAGACGAGUACCCCGGCCAACCCAGAGCAGGAUGCCCCCAAGGAGAAGAGCGAGACGGUGACCAGCACCCCCGUCUCCCCCGAAGGCUCACCCUCCAAAUCACCCUCCAAGAAGAAGAAGAAAUUCCGGACCCCGUCCUUCCUGAAAAAGGGCAAAAAGAAGGAAAAGAUCGAAUCUUGAGCCUCUCCCCCCUCCCCCCGUGGCUUUGGCCGAGUGUCUUUCCAGACGGAUGCGUCUGCGCCGUGCGUCUGGCCGUGGCGCAGCCAAAAACCCUGGAGGUGAACAAUCCGGGAGCCCCCGGCACGAGGCACCAAGUCCCCCCCGUCACCCGCUUCGGAGGUGGCCGCUGAGCUUACCGAGAGAUUUUGGCCCCUGUCUGCUGCUUGGGGAAAUACCCACCGCCACGUCCCCGCUCCCACCAGCGCUCCCCCGUCUCUCCCAGGCACCCACGUGGCCUCUGAGGUUUGUUUAUCCCACCCGCUGCUUGCAGAGCCCUCGUGCAACGCGGAGGCACAGCCCGGAUGCGCAUGGUUUUGAGAAAGGUGUGCUGUCGUCGCUGGUUUUGGGCCUUUGACCCAAAACGUUUUGUUUCAUGCUCUGCUGGAACGGCGCUGGCUUCGCCCCUGGCAUCUCUUUGCCAGGGUGAUGGGAUGGAGCCCAACACCGGAGGAUUGCUCUCCCCGAAGGAGAGCACCUGGGACACUUUCCUUCUCGGAUCGCAAUCUUACCCCAAGGCUGUGAGCCACCUCGGUCCCCUUCUCCUGGUGCCACACUCACACGUUUGCUGCUUGGUGGAGAGCAGCAGGGUUUCUGCACCGCACCUGAGAACACAGAAGACGAGGAGCCUCGGGGCAGAGUCACGUAAAACUGAGCAAACUUCACUCACUAAGUGCUACUUUGGGAUGAACACACGCUGCCAAUUCACUUCAGUAGGAGGCACUGCCCUGGUCCCCCCACACUGCGUCGAUGAGUGCCUGUACACGUAAAGAGCACGAGAGCCCCGAGGCCGAACCGCUGCUCAGCCCAGCUCUGGACUCCUGAGCACACGCACAGAUCCUCCCCAUCCUUCCCCCAGCCUCACCUCCCCAUGCCCAGCCAUGCAACCCAAAGGGAAGAAGAAAAAGCAGCUCUGAAGCCUGGAAAAGUCUGGUGGCUUUUUUUGGGGUGUGGGAGUCAUUUAAGGUCGAAUGCAGGGCUGCUGCAGGCAGGAGACGGAGAGGAGGAAAUGCGUAAGAUAGGGUUGGUUUUCUUUACGGGGCUGCAGUUUGGGGUGGGCCAAGCGACUUCUAAAGGGGAGAGUAAAAAUAAAUUGCAAAGCCACAACCCCAGCAGGAAUGUCCUCCCCCAGCACUGAGGUUUUGCAGCCUGAGAGUCUUUGCUGUGCCCCCGUGUCCUCGCUGGCAUUCUGCUAGAGGCUGCAGCGUGGAUUAAGUUGGAGGGGACCUUGCAGGCUGCCCGGUUGCACACCUUGCCCUCAGCCUGUCCAUCUCCAGGAUGGGGCACUUCCAGCUCUGGGCAGCAUUGCCUCACUGCCUUCUGAGUAAAGAAUCUCCUGCUGCCUAAAUCUAAUCUCAAUCUCCCAUCUUCUAGCUCGAAGCCAUUCCCCCUUGCCCUGCUGCCAUCAGAAAGUCCUGCUGAUGAGCAGCCUUUAAGUGCUGGAGAGCUACAGUGAGGUUUCCCUUUGGCUGCCCUCAGCCUUUUUUUGCAGGGUUCACCCACUGCUCUCCUCUCGUUUUCCCUUGCUGCUUUUUCUCCUCUCCUGGGCCCCACCGUGGCCCCCAGCACCCCUGAGCCCCAACCACUCCACGGUGGGUUUUUGGCUCCCAUUUCCAGGGCUGUGGCUGGAAUGGAGUCAUCCCAGCCAAAGUGCCGGUCUGGGAGCGGAGGAUGAGGCAAAGAAAAGGCUUUGGGGCACCAUCACAGCACUGAAGGAUGCCUGAAGGCCCCGUGGCGGUUGGUGGCCGUGGGGUUGGGCUGCAGGUCGGUGCUGGGAGCGCUGUGUAACGCCUGCCUGUACAUAAAUAAACCCCGCGUUCGGCCUC